AUGGAUAUUGAAUCUGAAAUGGAGCUUGUUGCAAAAACAUUGCACAACUAUUCUCACAGAGGAGUGAAUAAAAUUGAAUAUCAGUUUCGACAAAGCUACUUUGCUGUAAAGAAUGACAUAAUCAGAAAAAAUGCGUAUUCUAACAGUAAUUUUGAUCCUGAACAGCGAGCAACUCAGUAUUGCAUAGAACAAGGAGAAUGUCCAGAGAAUUAUGAUGUGAGGGUUAACGAACAGAAUGCCGAACGAAGAGAUCAUCGCCGAAAUGAUAGGAAUGAUAGAAAUGACCGAAAAGAUCAUCACCGAAAUGAUAGAAGUGAUAGAGACGACCGAAGAGAUCAUCAUCAAAAUGAUAGAAGUGAUAGAGAUGACCGACGAGAUCAUCGUCGAAAUGAUAGGAAUGACAGAAAUGACCGGAGAGAUCAUCACAGAAAUGAUAAAAGUCAUAGAGACGACCGAAGAGAUCAUCAUCAAAAUGAUAGAAGCGAUAGAGACGACCGAAGAGAUUAUCGUCGAAAUGAUAGGAAUGACAGAAAUGACCGAAGAGAUCAUUACCGAAAUGAUAGAAGUGAUAGAGACGACCGAAGAGAUCAUCAUCAAAAUGAUAGAAGUGAUAGAGAUGACCGACGAGAUCAUCGUCGAAAUGAUAGGAAUGACAGAAAUGACCGAAGAGAUCAUUACCGAAAUGAUAGAAGUGGUAGAGAUGACAGAAGAGAUCAUCGUCGAAAUGAUAGGAAUGACAGAAAUGACCGAAGAGAUCAUCGCCGAAAUGAUAGGAAUGAUAGAGACGACCGAAAGGAUCGAAACCACAAUGAAAAUAAUGAAUUCCUCACUUGCAAUUACUGCAUAACUAAUAAAAUUAAAGGGCUUGAG